AUGAAUCGAACGACUCUAUUCUUGAUAUUCCUCUGUGCUUCUCCGGUUCCGCUUUUCGCCAAGCGAGGUGGAGGUGGUGGCGGUUUCAAUCGAGGUUCAAGUGGAGCCAGACAACAAGGUGGCUCGGCGGGUACGGCCUCUCUUCGGGGUUCAAGCUCCUCGAAAACCCAAGCCGUGGUUCCCCCACCGGCCGGCCAGUCCAACGUCUACAGCAAGUCAUCAGCCAUCAACUCGAAUCGGCCAGGCAGCUUCCAGAAUGGAGGCAACACAUUCCAGGGAUCCCAAGGUGGCUUUAACACCCACAAUGGGUUUAAUAAUGGAGGGUUCAACAGCGGUGGAAUGAGGCCGGCUGGAGGUGUGAACACUGGUGGAUUCCGUAACCCACAGCAGAGCGGAGGAUUUGCCAACCGAGGCUUCUCCGGUGGCUCCGGAAUCGGCUCAGCCAGCCGUGGCUCUACCUUCAAAAAUGCUCUAAUUGGAGGCGCUCUCGGCGUUGCUGGAGGAGUGCUGCUCUAUGAGGGAACAAAGGCCAUCAUCAACCACGCAUCCAACCCGUUCCCCUGGAAUAACCGCAACUAUUACUGGGGAGAGCAGUAUUACCAAGGCAACCCCAACAUGAUCCAGUGCUCGAUGCCGUUUGAUCAGCUCCAGAAGACCCAAGCUGCUGCUCAAACUCCUGCUCCUACGACUGUUACCCCUCACGUUGAUGGAGAUAACUCCACAACUGCUGCUCCCGCACCCGCCGACGUCGACAACAAGUUCAACAACAUCCAAUUCCAAGACGGUUCUCGCCCAAAACAAAUUGUGUGGGGAUGCAGACGUGGAGCUGAGAUGUGCUGCGGAAUGGAGUGCUGCCCCAAUACUCAACAACCAAAUGGGGCCGUUGCCCAGAGGAGCUCCGGUUUUAGCACCACCGCUGCCAUCAUCAUCGGAUUGAUUAUUCUCGUGCUGGUGGGGCUUUGCUGCUGCUGUUGUCUGAUGAAGAAGCCCUGGGAGAACAAUAAUAAUGUGGAGAACAAUCAGGCUCAAUACGAGCACAAGUAUGAUGAUCAGCCUCAUGGAUACCCAAUGCAGUCUUACGGCGGGCCAUCCGGGGGUUACGGCCAACCCCAGGGCUACGGCGGGCAACAAGGCUACUACCCUCCCCAGCAAGGCUAUCCCCAGCAGUACCCCGCUAACCCCACUUAC